AUGUCUUCAACUCAAACGUAUUUGAUUUUGAUGGAGACUGUCAGACUUAAACAUCAAUGCUUGUUAGUCAGUUCAACGUACUCCAAUGGAACACCUGGAAGACAAUUGAGAGUUUUUAAAAAAGGCCAAGCCAUAAAACCUUAUUUUAUGGAUCCUUAUAAAGAAAUGGACUUUGUAGAUGCUUUGUCGAGAGCUCCAAGAUAUGAACGGUUGCUCCCCACAGUUCGAAUUGAAAGAAGAAUUCGUUAUAUAGGAAUCUUCGAAAAAAAUGAAAUUGAUAAUUUAAAAAAUAACUAUCCACCACUUACAAUAGGACAUGAUUGGAGUUUCGAAG